AUGUCGAUCGACCCCAUGACCCUUGAGAUGCAGCAGCAGGAGCUCGAGGCCCUGCAGUGCAUCUUUACCGAAGAGUACGAGGAGCUCUCAACCGAGUACCCGGUGUCCUUCAAGCUGAACCUCGCGGACAAGAACUCCGAGCCCUCGAUCGACCGGAUCCACCACCCUUUCUCGCUGUCCCUGCUUUUCACCCUGGGCUUGGACUAUCCGAACUCCGAGGCGCCCACCAUCGAAAUCGACGACACCGAGAACAUGACCGACGAAAUUGUCGCGGAGCUGAAGGCCUUUUGCGACCAGCUGGCCCAGGAUAACCUUGGCAUGCCGUCGACCUUCACCAUUGCCUCCGAGGUCCAGGAGUGGAUGGUCUCCCGGUUCAAGCGCGCAGUCGAGGAGUACGAGGCCGAGGAGUCUCGCCGCGCCGCCGAGGAGGAGGAGGCCGAGCGCAACCGCUUUGCCGGGUCUCGCGUGACGGCGCUCACCUUCUUCGAGUGGAAGCGGAAGUUCGACGCCGAGAUGGCCCUCCUUGAGCAGCAGGCCAAUGCCCAGAAUUCCGCCAAGAAGAAGCUCACCGCACGGAAGGGCUUGCGCGACCGGGGGGCCACCGGUGCCAGGUCCUCCAGGUCAUCCUCGUCAUCGAGGCUGGGGCGGAUGCGCUUGGGGGCCUGCGACCCGAUGGCCUGA